CCGGGAGGGUGUUAGGGGGCGUUUCUCCCAGAGCAAGGCUGAGAGCUGCGACGCAGAGGAAGGGGACCCCAAAACGUCUGGCACUGCCUCCUCCAGGGAACACUUUGGACCGCCUCACUCAGCCCAGCGGGAUUCUGAAACGCCGAGGGGUCAACCUGAUGGGUUUCGGGGUCAACGGAAGAGGGGAAGGGGAGCCCUGGCGGGGAGAACCCCCCGGCCCCCCGCCCAGCAGCUGAGGCACAGGAGGGCGGCCAUCUUGGCCGGCAGGGUAGGGCCAGGAGGCUGCGGGCGCCGUGCGAUUGGGGGGCUCGCCCGGAAGUGACGCCACCCGCCCGGAAGCGGAGGGGGUUCCCUGGCCCACUCCCCCCGUUCGUCUGCUCCCCGCUUCCUCCCCGCCCCCCUUCCUCUCCAUUCGUUCCCCCCCUCCCCGGUCCCUGCCUUCUCCCCCCACCCGUCCCUCCCCCCCCAACCUCCGGAGCUGGGAAGAGAGUCAAGAUGGCGGCGAAAUCCGAUGGCGGUGGCGUGGGGGUGGGCUUCGCCCAGCUGCACAACCUGGACGAGGCGGUGGGCAGCGGCGAGGAGGACGGGGAGCCCGGGGGAGGCGGCUGCGGCGGCGGCGACGGCAGCGAGCCCGGCGAAAGCAGCUCGUUGCACAUCUGCCACUGCUGCAACACCUCCUCGUGCUACUGGGGCUGCCGCUCCGCCUGCCUGCGCUCGCUGCUGGGCAAGAAGCCGCGCCGCAGCGCCGCCGCCGCCGACGGGGGGGACCAGCCGCUGCAGCCGCCCGGGGCCGCCGGCCGACACCCCCCGACGCCCUCGGCCGGCCGACCGCAGCCCGCGUCGCCGCAGGUGGAGCGGCCGUGGCUCGACUGCCUGUGGAUCGUGCUAGCGCUGCUGGUGUUCUUCGGAGACGUGGGUACCGACCUGUGGCUGGCCCUCGACUACUACCGCAAGGGGGACUACGGCUGCUUCGGGCUGACCCUGUUCUUCGUGCUGGUGCCGUCGCUGCUGGUGCAGAGCCUGAGCUUCCGCUGGUUCGUGCAGGACUACACGGGCGGCGGGCUGGGCGCCGUGGAGGGGCUCAGCAGCCGGGGACCCCCAAUGAUGGGGGCCGGCUACGGCCACGGCGCGGCCCGCGGCGGCCCGGGUGCGGGGGGCUCGGCUACCCCGGGGGCGCAGCGUCUGUGCCGCCUCUCCGUGUGGAUCUGGCAGUCUGUCAUCCACCUGCUGCAGAUGGGGCAGGUGUGGAGGUAUAUCCGCACUAUGUACCUGGGGAUUCAGAGCCAGCGGCAGAAGGAACACCAGCGACGCUUCUACUGGGCUAUGAUGUACGAAUAUGCAGAUGUUAAUAUGCUGCGCCUCCUGGAGACCUUUCUGGAGAGCGCCCCCCAACUGGUGCUACAGCUCUGCAUAAUGAUCCAGAAGAACAGCGCGGAGACGCUGCCCUGUGUCUCCUCUGUGACUUCCCUGAUGUCCCUGGCUUGGGUGCUAGCUUCCUAUCACAAGCUGCUGCGGGACUCCAGGGACGACAAGAAGAGCAUGAGUUACAGAGGGGCCCUCAUCCACCUCUUCUGGCGCCUCUUCACCAUCUCAUCCCGAGUUAUCUCUUUCGCCCUCUUUGCUUCCAUCUUCCAGCUGUAUUUCGGGAUCUUCGUGGUGGUGCAUUGGUGCGCCAUGGCCUUCUGGAUCAUCCAUGGUGGGACAGACUUCUGCAUGUCCAAGUGGGAGGAGAUCCUCUUCAACAUGGUGGUAGGGAUCGUGUACAUUUUCUGCUGGUUUAACGUCAAGGAAGGGCGGACCCGAUACCGAAUGUUCGCAUACUAUGCGAUAGUCUUGACCGAGAAUGCUGCCUUGACGUUCCUUUGGUAUUUUUACAGAAACCCGGAGAGUACUGACUCCUAUGCCGUGCCAGCACUGUGUUGUGUCUUCGUUAGCUUUGUGGCUGGGAUUGCGCUCAUGCUCUUAUACUAUGGCGUGUUGCAUCCCAUGGGGCCGCGGGCUAAGGUCUUUGCCAGCUCCUGUUGUGCCGAGCUGCUCUGGGGCAUCCCUUUGCCCCCCGAUGUUGAGCCUAUGGCACCUCAGACCCCUGGGUACCGGGGGACCCAGGUCACGCCCACCAGAGCCGUGACGGAACAGCAGGAGGACCUCACGGCUGAUACUUGCCUGCCCGUAUUCCAAGUGAGACCCACGGGGCCAUCCACCCCGUCAGGGCGUCCUUACCCAGAAGGGCCCCUGAUUAAGAUUGACAUGCCAAGAAAGCGGUACCCGGCCUGGGAUGCACACUUUGUGGACAGGAGGCUGCGGAGGACUAUUAACAUCCUGCAGUAUGUCACCCCCACCGCAGUGGGCAUUCGCUACCGAGAUGGGCCUCUGCUCUAUGAGCUGCUGCAGUAUGAGUCCUCACUCUAGAACACCUUGACCUUGACCCAGAUUGAGAAGGGGACCUUAAGUCUGGUUGCGGUCAAUGCCGCCUGCAAGAAAUAUAGCCCUCCCUUCCCCCAAUACACAGAACCACCACCACCAACACCAACACCAACACUACCAACACCAACACUACAAAAAGAUCAAUAAGUCACAUCCCCUUCAGAUAAGCUUUCUUUCCAGUCACUAUAUGUAUACAAAGAUAUGCUCUAUGUUUUGUAAGUAAAAACAAAAAGAAAACCUUUCUUUUGUUUUUUACACAUAAGAAACAGUAUUGAAAAAAUAACUAAUAAUCCCACACUAACUACAGUUCCUAGGAUGGAGAAGGAAGAGCUAGCUAAUCUCCUCUCCAAAAGAAACAACAAAAAAAAAAGUUUUAUACUUUACACCAAGUGUAGAUCAUUUAUGGGAUUGGUGCUGAUUGAGAGAAGAAAACAAAACAAAACAAACAAACAAAAACCUUUAACUGCCUUAUGCCCUUAGGUGCUGAGUUUCUUUAGGUACUGUCAUGUCUUCUCACACAAAACUCUCUGGUAACUUUUACACCAGGAGAGAGAAAAAAAAAAUUAAAUUAUCAAAUGAAACAAAAAUCUACCAACAAAACAAACAAAUUAAAACAGCAAACAGAUACCAUACCAAAACAAUCCUUCCUGUCUGGUGAUUUGUAUUGAAACACAAACAAGCAAAUUGACCAAAAGCAAAGGCAUAAAACCCCCUCUCUUUAUUCAGUUUCUCUUGCCCCUUCCCCGUUUUACAAGCCUUCUAGAAGCUAAAGGGCUACUUGGUAUUCCACUGGCCGGAAAAGCUACUCGAAGGCUGACUAUGUGCCAUUUUAACAUUUGCCUAGCAAAAUUUGCAUUGUUUUCCCGUGCAAAAACAAACAAACAAACAAGAGAAUGAAACCCCCAAACACCCAAUUUGAUAAAUUCUAAAAGCAGAUCAAAGGAGAUGUCCAUAAACACCAUCGAAGAGAAUCAGCAAUGAUAAAACUCAGCAUGGUAGCAAAAAGGACGACAUCAAUUCAAAGGCACAAUACUUAAUCCAUUACUGGCCACAAUGAUCUCUUCCGUCAUUUUAAGGCUGAGAAGGGUGUGUGUGUGUGUGUGUGUGUGUGUGUGUGUGUGUGUCACAUGUGACCGUGCGGUAGUCCUCUUCUCUUUUCAUUUGGUGGGAAGCCUUAAAUUGAUCCGGAAAGAAAUUUUUCAUUUUUCAUUUGUGCUUCAAAAAAAAUAAUAAUAACAUAAAGAAGAACACUAGAAUAUUUAUCUAUAUAUAAAAAAAAGUCAAAUCGUAUUAACCGACCCAUUUCACAGACUGGUGCUUCUGUCAAUGUGGUUGGCUGAGACUCAUUCAGCCUGGUGCAUUUGGGGUGAGUGGACAGUGUGCGUAGCAGUGCGUAUGUGUGUGUGUGUGUGUGUGUGUGUGUGAGUGAGUGUGUGUACACCUGCUGUAAGGUCUUGCCAGAAAUACACAAAACUGAAGUGAGGUAAAUACUGUGGUAGCCGGGGGAGGGGAAUGAGAGGGCCGGCUGGGAAGGUGUAUGUGUGUGGGGGAGGGGGGAUGGCGGCAUAAGUGUAUGGGCCAUCUACCUGGACAGCAAAUCCCCACCCCAGCGGCAGAGGCUGAUCAUCCAGGCCCGGUGGCUUUGGUGAGGAUUUGAGUCAAAUUUAUUUUCUCACUAUACCUUGUCGGAUUUCUGGAGGUGUCACAAGUAUGCUUGACCAUUUGUAAAAUCUUUAAUUUGUUUUUGGAAGGUACUGUUCCUUUAAAGAGUAUUUGUUUUAGGGUAUUAUUUCAGUAUCAUUCUAUCUCUACUUGGGCACAAAAAAAAAAAAGAAAAAAGGAAAAAAAAAGAAAAAAGGAAAAAAAAGAAAAAAGAAAAAGAAUUUAAUCAUAAAAGAAAAAUAUCUCCACAAAAGAUAUAUAUGUGUAAAUAUAUAUAUAUAUCUAUAUAUACAUACACAGUAUUUUUAAGACCAUACUGUUAGUCUUUGUUGUCUGUGGUUGCAACUGUUUUUUAAUUCUGGAUUAACUGUUCAGGGUGCAAGACCUCACACUGAGCUAUUCUUAAGAGAAGUUCAAAAACUGAGGAAUUUUUUUUUUAUGUUUGGGAAAUUUUUCAAUUUUAUUUUAAAUAACCAUUCGAAAAAGCCCCACCUUGUCACCCCUUCAUCGUUUACCUGAUCUUCUUUUUCUUUUCUCAAAUCUUUAAAACAACAUUAUAUUAGUUGUGAAAGAAAGUGCUCCCUCCUUUGUUCCACCUCCUUAUCUCAUGUGUUACCACAACUUUGCAGGACCUCCCUAAUAUGGGCUCUCUAGGGGGGGUCCUACCUGGUCCCUGCUCUGGGAAGCAGGACACAAUAGAGCACACUUGGGCUGAGGACUUGGGCUGAGGUGAAGACCAGCUGUGCGGCCUGCCAGGCAGGGGAAAAGACAGGGAGAGGGGGACUGCUUUGUACUUCGUGAGAGCAGUGGACAGAGGGAACUCCCUACAAGAUUUGUUCACUCCAUUCCUUUGCACCUGCUGGAGCUCCACCCCCAGGCUCUACUCUACACUCUGCUCAGGCUGGGGAGAUGAGUCCAUUCGUGGGGUGGCAGGGCAUCCCUUCUGCUAGUCUGUCCCAGGUCCGGAUAGCUUCCUUGAAAUUGUUGACUGCUCCAUGUCCCCUCUGUGCCUCUGGCGCUCUGCUUGUUUGUCUAGUGCUAGACACACUUCCAUCUUAUCUCUCACUCUCUGACCCCACCAUCGGCUUUGGCCUGCCACCUCUGUGUGACCACUCUUUCUUUAGCAUGCAUGCACAAGCAUGCCUGCUCAUGUUUACACAAAAUGUAGAAGUUGUGGGUGUUGACUGAGAGCGUGCAAAGUUGGGAAGACAGUUUCCAGCUUAGGGAGGCCUGAGCUAUGGGAAGUGAAGGAGGAAGAGGCCAUGGGCUUCUCACCAGCUUUUUGCUUUAGUCUUAGUAGGUUUGGUUUUCCUUCCUUCUUUGCUAGCAUUCCUGUCCUUCUCUCAAACCCUUCCACCAUUCCUUACCUUUCCCAAUAACGCAAUUGAAAAUGUGCAUCUAUGGGCAGUAGCAGGGAAGACCAGAGAGACAAGAAAAAGAAAGCAAAGUGAGCCAAAAAGUAGAGGGGGGGGGCACGGGGAAGGAAGGGCCAAGAGAGACUGGAUCUGUUUCCUCUGGAAGCACUGCCCUCAUCUUGUAGGGAGUCCCAUCUCCGGACUCCAUUGUUUUUAGGCAUUGCUUCCCAUGAAGUCUUCUAGCGUCCUUCCCCUUCAGAGGCCUUUGGCAACUGGCUGACUCUCAAGUGUCACUAAAGGACCUCACACAGUCCCGGUGUCCUCCUCCAAGACGACCUGGGCACCCCACAGCAGGAUCACUGCAAGGAGGCAUAGUGCUGUCAACAGCUGGCAAUCUUCUCUCACCAUCUGAUAGGUGUCUGGGCUCCUGAUAACCUUUCCUUUCAUUAAGUAACAAGAUCCAUCUAAGUUUUGCCCAGCUGCAACCAACAGUGCUUACAACAGAAAUUCCUGCACCUAUUUUGUUCCCUGGACUUCUUGAUGGCAGCUAACCAACUCCUAAUUUUUAGCUUUGGUAGAUAAGGCUGUUGGUACCUUGUUCUUUCUUUUCAGAAGGUCCCCCCACCAUAGAACAUGCCUAUAGACCCCCACAUUUCACUUCCCUACCCCCACAGAGCAGUAGGCUCUUUCUCUCUAAAAAAAAAAACAAAAAACAAAACAUUGUCCUAUCAGUGCAAUGAGGUUGGUUUUGUUGUCAUUGUUUAUAAAAGCCUUGCCCUCUUCCCCAACAAGCUUGGGGGUAUCUGCCUUGGAAAUCUUCAGGCCUUCCAAGGAUAUGAUAGGAGAAGUUAAGAGGACCUAAACCCAUAAAAUCUGUUCCUAUCAACUCCAUUUGCCCCUAAAGUUCCUGCUAUCACAAGCACAACCUAUCUCUACAAAAUGUCUACCUGCUCUAAAGACAGAUAUGUUCUGUGUUUGGAAGCAGGGAUGUUAGGUGGAGCACACAAAGUCUAAAUAGACUGGGGGCUGGGAGACAGCAGGCUCCAUCUUUCCUACUGUCCUAAUCAAGGGAAGACGUAUCUCCCUGUGGCCCAGAGUGCCCUGUAUACUACUCCACAGGUACAGAAUCACCCAAUUCUUUGUGGCCCCUGUGGCUUCUCAACAGUAGUAGCCCCUAGAGUCCCAUGGUGGUCAAAAGAGGGCAUAUAUAUCCUGUCUGGUCCUGAGAACAACUGUCCUGGUCAUAUGGCCUUUCAUGCUAACAAGCUUUAGACCCAAUACAAAUCCAAUUCUCAGAAAAACAUAUGGCAUUUUUAAGAGCACCACCAAAUCAUAUAGCUUUCUCCAGUCUGAUCUGCUGUCACCACCUAGAUGCCUGUCUCCUUCUGAGCAGCUCUUGGAAAGUCAAGCACCCCUUCUUCACAUGCAUCUGAGCUCCCUUUGCAGUUCCUCAUGCCUGAGAAAGAAUUCAUGACUUCUUUUUCCCUCAAUUAUUCUGUGCCUCACUACCUGGGUCUCUCAUGAUUCCCCAAGCCUUGAUGCUUAUAGACCUGAGAAAAAAACUUCUCUAUCCAUUCAUUACAUUGAAACAGAGCUCCUAUGUGCAGACUUAGGUCCCUGGUGUAUACAAAGACUCUAAAGGAGAAUGAGGCUCUGGGGUGUACUUAGGAUUCCAACACUCUGCAGUGCUAGGUCUCAUGUCAGGUAGGCAAAUACUAAAAUAACCCCACCAGAUUUGGCUAGGAGUAUGGGCUAACAAAUUUGACAUGUAAAGGGAAGAGGAGUUGGUGCCGUUCCAUGGAUUCAAGUGACACUUCCAGAAUUGCUUGGAAAACUGCCAGGGAAAUCUGAGAGUCCCCCCACCCCACCCCAGGGAAUCCAGGGGAAAAACCAUGCAUAGGAGAAAAAAAGAGGUCUCUGAGGAGUCAAACGCCCUCAUGCACCGGCCAGCCUGCCAGGCAGCAGUUCUAGGCAUCAUAGUCUCAGAUACCUGCCGAUUCCUGGGCUCCCCUCUUCUCAAGACACAACAUAGUCUCCUGCAGGAACUAAGCGAGGCUCAGUCUUUGCUCCUUUUAUCAAGGUGGUGUUGGCCAGGAGAUAGGCAUUAUGGGGGUCUCCUCUAGGCUCAAAUACAUCCUUACCCUAGCUCCCCUUCUCAAACUGAGCCCUGUCCCAGUUUGUGCAGCCUUCCUUUCUCAUCUACAGCCCAGCCUCUGGAAUGUGGCAUUGAUAACGGUUAUCCAAUUGUGGGCAACAGCCUUAUCUGCUCAUAAGAGCAUCCCAAGUCAACAUGUGCCUGUCUCAAUGUUGAAAUGUCUAACAAUGUAAAAGGCAAGUCCAUUUUCUUAUAGGUUUUCCCUAAGCCUUUCCCAGAGGAAAAGGACGAUGUAGUGACAAAGUCGGCCUCACCCUCCCCAUCCUUGGCUGUUCCAAAGGUUUCCACUCCAAGUGCUGCAUCUGUUGCUACUGGCUGAAUAUCAGAAGAUACUGACUUGUCUUAGUCCCAGCUUUCUCCUCUGCCCCCUUGGAUCUUUCUGGCUUACUCAGCUCCCAGGCAUCACCUCACCUGCUUCUCUCUCUCUCUCUCUCUCUCUCUCUCUCUCUCUCUCUCUCUCUGUACCUUUCUUUGCAGUGACUGGCAGGACACAGCGGGAGUGUUCUGGAGCCAAAGGUCAUGAGUGCUAUUAAUGAUGGCUCCUGAGAGCAGCAGACAGACUGGCUCUGCAGGAGAUUCCCCUUCUCUGUGCCAGCACCUGUGUCAAGGGCUAAGAAUAGACUGCAGGAACAGGAGCAGGCAAGGACCUAGGGACAGUUGCCCUGGAGUGCCCAUUGCAUGAAGAAAAAUGUGUAUGCCCAAGUAGGAGCUGCUGCCUUGGCUGGUCCACAGGAAGAGUCCCUAGCCCCUUCUUCAGACUAAAGUCGGCGAGCAAUCUCUGUUCCUGCCUUCAGGGAAGAUGGAACAUCAGCCUCAAGCUGGGGUCGGGGGUGGGGGGAGAUAUUUAUGACUUGCCUCUUGGCUGAUAACUGAGAGAGAACCUGUCUCUAAGUAACCUUUGGCCAUCUGUCACUGUAGAUACAGACAAGCAGUCAGCUAUCUGACUCUACUCCAUCCUCAACGUAGCCCUGAGGUCCUCAAGCUUGCAGACUUGUUUUAGCUUCAUACAUCAUAGGUGCUCUGCCUAGAGCCAGAGAGACCAGGCAGGACCACAGGCUGAUUCAGGGCUCCACUGUGGUCAUGGAUAACUCACUUUGCCUCUUGGUGCCUUGGUUUUUCCAUCAGUAGAGUGGAUGAUGAGCAGAGAACCUCUGCUUUCUCUCCUGCUCAGGGAUGCUCCGAUGAUUCGGUCAAUGCUGUCUGUAUUGAACACAUCAUAGGAAUGAGAGUGACCCCAUUCCUUGGGAACUAGACGUAUGGAAAAGGAGGUUUCAGAUAUGCUUGACACCCAGAAGUCUAGGAAGUGAGCAGGGAGGACAUGUGGACAGGGAGAGAGCCCUGGGAUUGUCAGAUAUGCCACAGCAUCUGGCUGGGGACAUCUGGUCACCUGGUUCCCACUGGGCAUCUGUCAGUUCUUAAGUCCCAUGAGGUUAGUUUUUCCUGAAAGACCAGAGAAAAAACAGGGGAGUGUACAUCUGGAAAUGGCUACUCACUGAGCUUCUGAUAGAUAAUGAGGUGGGAUGGGCAGAGGGUCAGGGAUGGUGUGGGAGGUGGCCAGAGGCUCUUUGGGGAGGGUUUCUUACCUUUGCUCAAAGCCUUAAGGUUUCUCUUCUCAAAUGGACUCAUCCCCUCAGCCCCCAUCCUGCAGAGUACAGAAAGCUCAACUGUGCUUUUCCAACACCCAUUUUGUCAGCUACACGUGUUCAUGCACAUUGCGGGUCUUCGCCACUCCCCAGUGUGCCUUGCAUGGAGCCUGCACACAAAGCUUCAGAGGUAGGUGGGACCAGGGAGGAACAUGCAGUUGUUGGUUUUUCUUUUCUUUCUCUUUUUCUAAAUUGGGAUAUUUUCCCCACUCACAGUUUGAAUUGAAAAAGUUAAGUUCAAUUCCUUUUCAUCCCCCGCCUCCUUUUUUACUAUGGUUUGACUGUUAUUAUUUUCAAAUACCAAUAUACACUCGGAACAAGAAAACAGACCCGUCCUAAGAACCUUGCUGUUCUUAGGACCUAACCCAGAGUGAGAGCAGGUGGGAGCCAUGGAGGACAUUAGCACCCAGGGGUACAGCCAUGAUACCAAUUCUUGCAAAAAAGAACUAUCGAUAUUCCAGUUCCAAUGGAUCAGUCAACCUGGUCCUGACCAGGUCUGUUCUGGUAUAGAAAUUCUCACCAAAAAUUACAAAAAGAAAGAAAAGACACUUUCUGAGGCUGCCCCAUAGGAACAUAGUGCUCUCAAGGGCAGGUCUUGGGUACUGCUGCCAAAUUCUUCUGCCCUUGACCUCAGAGCCCUGGUUCAACUCCCCUCACACCUGUUCUGACUUUGGUCUGAGAGGUUAAUGGCUAUUCGGUGCAAAGGAUCAACCAACCACACUCUGAAAGUCAGUAAUAGCUCCUUUGAGUUUGUGUCUGAUUGUGUGUAGCAAGGCCAACCCCACAGGCCUUAUUUGUUCCCACAAGGUAUUUCAGAUGGCAACUGAGAGGAAGGAAUACAGAGACCUCCCCGCUGCGCCUCUGUGAUCAUCCGUGCUCAUUCUGAUUCAUGAAAGGAUCCUGCAGCAUUUGUCAACAGGGACUCAGAAGAUGGACGUUUGGAGCCACGGAGAGCCUCAGUGGAUGGUAGGCAAGAGAUAAGGACGAGGCAGGAUUCCGGAAGUAUACUGAAGGAAAUUGUGUCCACCUGGUCAGUGCUUCCAAUUCCUUGGGGGGGGAAGAGACAGCAAAGUGUAUUCUUUUCAAACACAGGAAAUUGAUUUUACAGAGUGACGUCUUUAAGCAUUUUCUUUGUUUUAACAAAAGGGUCGGAGAAAGCAUUUAAAUAAAAGCAUGGUGCUUUCUCAUGGACAGAUUGUGUCACUGGAAAUUGCAAGACUCUGCCCUUUUGCAAAUGUACCCAAGUCACGUCACUCUGGGGCCAAUUUCUCUUUUUGUGCCAUGAGAAUAUUGCUUACCUACCUCACAGGGGUGUUGUGAGGAUGAAGCAGUUUAAGGUCUGGUUAAAGCACUUUGAGGAUACCAGUGUUAUGAUUAUCAAGUUAUCUUUCUAUUUAACGCCGUUUUUCAGCACUAAUUGAGCACUGACUGGAUACGAGGUACCAUGCUAUCUGCAGGAGGAAGGAUCACAGGCUAAUUCCUUAUCCUCUUUCAUUUAAGAAUAUUUUAAAAUGAUGUGGAGAAUGAAAUUAUGGAGUUGUCUCAAUGUGGGGCUAUAUUAUUGUCCUGCUCCCAGAAAGGCCACUCUCCUUUCAGAGGAUCUGAAGAUCAGGCCUUUCCAUCCUGGCUUCUGUCAGAGAAUGUGCUCCUGAGCUCUCCUCCCUUUGUGGAAUGAACUUAGUACAUCUUGGGACCAGCACUAAUUGCUUUGGUUCUGUUAUUUCAAUUAUUCCUCCUAGGCUCAGUGUAGCACCUCCCCCAACACACACACACACACCACCACACUCUUUAGAUCCAAAGAGUGAGUCUCUUUGGCCGUCCUGGAAUAGCUUGGUACUUUUUGGUUUGUUUGUUUCCUUGGAAAGUCUGGUACUCUGUUUGCUGGAAAGUGUUGGCUUCCAAAGUUGAGGAUCUUUGCCAGAAAACAAAACGUGUGACUGUCUUGUUUUCUUUUGUAAUUUGGUGGUGGGGGAGAGGAGGGAGGAGAUUUUUCAAAUCUCACACAAAACAAAGCCUUGUUUAAAUUUCUCAUUUGCUUUUCCAUGUGCAUUGAGCUCUUCCUUUCCCAGCACAUUUUCUGGGCCAACUGUGUCCUCUAACAAAUAGCACAUCUCAAGUUGUUCAGGGGGUAAUGUGCCACAGCUUCACUCCUUUCUGCAGAGAGCCAACUUCUGAGCUGAGCACGUAGAGAGAUUACAGCCACAAAUCCAGGCUUCCUGGAAACACUCCCUGGCCUGCUAACGUUGGAAGUGCCAGUGUCUGCAUGGCUGUGUCCCAGAGUCCCUAAAAACUCUCCUGCCAUGAUAGAGCCUCCUCAGAACCCAGUGGGAGCAUCCUCUUUGUUUUUAGAACCAGAGAGAAAUCACCUAUUAUUUUGAAAUUCAAAGAAUUGUUGGGUUUUCCUUAGAGAAAGAGAAAGGGAAGAUUAUUUGUCUUGCAUAAGGACCAGAGAAGUCUGGAGUUGUUUUCCCUAGGCACUCAAGGAGUACUAGAAGACAUGUCCUGAUGCUUACAGUCCUGAGUCCUUGGCAAGAGUGGCUUCCGUGUUGAGCCUGCUGAAGUUCCAGCUGUUUCACUGUCCUUUCCCAGAGUGCAAGAGCACUUCCUACCCCAUGCUACUGAUUCUGAAAGACAUUCCUCCUGUGCUGCCAGUCCUUAUGUGUGCCUCCUUCCAGCCAUCUCUCUUCCUUUCCUCACCCUUGUCUUCAUAACCCCCGAGUCACAUGGGACUUAUUACAUCCAAGUGUAGUCCAUCUUUGGGCCCUGGAAACACUGGGAGGACUUUUGUUGCCAACUCCAACUUUGAGUAAUAUUUCCAUUAUCUUUUUGCAUCCACACAGUAUUUUCUGGAACAACAAACUUUCAAGAAAACCUCUUUGCUAUUAGUAUCCUAGAAAAGCUGCUCCUUGGGGUGUGAGGACAGAAAUUUGGAGGUGGGUCACAAAAGAUGAGAGCUCAGCCCCAGAGAGGCAGCAGGAACUGCUCUUCCCACUCAAACUUGUACUUUGGCUGUCACAAAUGUGAUAGACUUGAUACAGAAAAUAUUAUAUUAAGAAAAGGAAGGAAAGGAGGAAGAAAGAAAAGAGGGAGGGAGGCAGGGGAAAAGAGAGGAAAGGUAAGGGGAGAAUAGGAAAGAAGAAAAGACAGAGGAAACCGAGGCAGGGAGAAACAGGAAAUGACCACACGUGGGUCUCCCUGUUAUCUCUUGAUGUCAUCAGGUUGUUGCAGAGGUUUUUUUUUCCUUCAAAGCAAAUACUUAUCUCACACUUGCCCCCAAGUUCCAGCAUUUCCUAGCUCAGUGACUUCCCUAUAGCAAGCUCUCGUACGGGCUUCCAGCCUCUCUGACUCCCUCUGUUAUGCUUUGGCUUUUCUUGAGCCAUCUGAACUCAACCCCUCCACCAGAAGACUAGAAUCUAGUUUCCUCAGAAUGAUGGCAAGCUGGGGUCAUUUUCUAAUAUUUGUGCAAGCUUUUGUUUUGGAGGCUUUUCCUUCAGCUGACCUCAUUUCAACCCAAUAGUGGUCCAGGUACUGCUAGCUGGUUCUUUACAGAGCUUAAAGAAGUCAGACAUCUCAGUUUGGAGACCUGAGUGUGUACCAUUUGUAAUUUUCAUGAAGGGCUAACCUCAAUGAAUCCUGCCACACUGACCUCAUGUCCACUAUGGGUACUAGUGGUUUGAGAAAUUGGUUAUAGUCAUGGUCUUGGGUUUCAACGAAACAAAGUUGUAAUUAACCUUGAGAUUCCACGGGGCUUACCCUACAGCCCAAUGAGCAGGCAUCUCCCAUCCACGAAGGGUGAAGACCCAGAACCUGGCCUUUCCAAGCUGAUUAUAUGAGGCCCGAGGCUUCCCCUAGGCAUCAACACCCUGUAUGUCCACUGGGAUUCUCUCCUCUCCCCUGUUCUUCCCUAUCUCUGGUCAUGGUCAGUUCUUCCCUAAGCGAGGAGGAGAGUGAGUGGACUGUAGCACCCUGAGCCCAGUCUAUUUUUCCCUUACCCUUGACCCUGCCUUCAUAAACCACUAUCUGCAGGGAGCAGAGCCAGGCCGCUGAGCUUUUCAAACACUCAACUUCACAGCCACCUCCUGAUGAUGAAACCCUGCACCUGAGACAGUAUAGAGGAGCCAGUUUCUAGCUCCCAAUUUCAAUGAAGCGUGCCAGCAUAGAAGUAGCUUGGGCUAAGCAUCAGGAAGGGCGUCGCAGUAAUCCUGCCUUUGGUCACAUGGUUCCUGCAUACAUACAUGGUUCCUGCAUACAUGUUGUUCAUGUGUACCUUGAGAGGGGGUGGGGAGAAGCACAUCCAGUGACUUGCAUUAUGAAAUUAAUUACUUCCUUUGGAGGGAGACUAAUGAAGCCAUUAUUUGUUGAUGAUAGUGCCAAACACAGCCCUGGCAUGUGGUUAAAGCAGAGGGAGAGGGAAGAUAUCAAAUGAUAGUCCAGGCCUAGAGUCUGGAAAUGAAUUGUCACCAUAGACCAGCAUACAGACUCCCAGUGGGAAAUCAUUAAAUGUGAGCUCUGUGACCUUGGGCCAAUUACUUAGCCUUCCUACUCAUCAAUUUUCUUGCUUCCAAAAAGGCUUGUUUCAAUUUUAAAAUACUCAAGAUGCCUGACUUGGCCACUGAACGUCCUGUAGAGCAAGGUGGAAUCUGGUAAUCAUACAGAAGCAUGGGCAGACUCUGGCCAAUUCUGCCGGAAAGAGCAUGUGACCUUGGAAAGACUUAGAGGAGGCAGCUUCCCAGCUGAGCCUGCCACUGCUUUCCAUCCCAGUACCCCAGCCUACAGCCCCUCGGAGCCAUGGAUUCUGCCUUCCACCUAGUGUCAUUUGGGGACUGUAAUGAUGGCUAAAUUGGAUUCCUCUUUCUUGAUGCCAUUUCCAGUGGCCAGGAGCAGCAGCAACAGCAGAGACAGCGCAGAUACAAGCCUUCACACGCCCACUACCGUAAUCAGGAGCACCUGGGGUUGUAAAGCAGUGGAGCGGCAAGGGGCUGCGCUUGGGGCCAGUGUCCACCCAUAAGGAAGUUCUAGAAACUUAGGGAGGCGAAAAGGGCCCAGAGAUCAGGUUCCUACACUAGUGGCAGACAGACAGACAUCCAGACAGCCACGGCUCUAGGGGAGGAGGCAAAGAUGUCAGAGGAGGCCCAGGUGAAAAGUGAGCAGGAGGCUUCUCCCCACCUUCCACCCCCACCCCCAGGAGGCUACUGAAGGUUUCUCUUGCAAAUGGAGGACCUCCGCUGCAGAAGCUUUGUUCUCCUUUGCUGCUCCCGCCCCAAGGUAGGUUUGGAUACACACAGAAAGUGGUAGCAACCAUUUACUUACCACCUACAGAAAUGAAAUUGCCACUUGAGGCUCAGCUAAGCAUUAGGAUUUGCUAAACUAGCAGCCUGAGGAAGCAGAAAGAAAACCAAGAAUCAAUCACAUUUACAUCAGCGAACUACAGAGACGCCCUGUCUUGUCACACUCCCACUAUCACCAGCCAGCUGAGAGGCCCCUCUGCCAAGAGCCAUCACAAUUUUGGUCCCAGGUCUCUCUACCUUGUCACCAUGGGCUUAGAUGCUAGAGAAGAGGGCUUGAUGCCCAAAGGACCCACCCGCCCAGUUAGUGGACACUUCUGUUCUACCCUAGACUUGGAACCAGGCAAAGACAGCCAUUACUGAAGGCUCUGCAUUCUGUCCCUACAUCCGCUUUCCUGGCACAAAGUGCUCAUGCCAACCAGGGGUGUUGCUUCCACCUGGGGUCAGAAACAGAAGGGAUUUUCAGGGCCAGCAAGUAUAUUGAGGGAAAUUAAAAGGCCACUGUGUCCACUCAGCAGCACCCUCCUGGUUUUCCAGUGGCCUAUGAAAUCCUUGGUGUUCUAGGUGGCCAGUGAUUUUCAUUUUCUUAGCCAAACUCCCAGGAUGGAGUAAUGUGGAUUCUAUGUCAACACACAUGGCCCUUAGUUGUAUGGACAUGUGUGUACAUCUGUCUUUCUUCAGUAAUCUCCAUUUGGUGCUAUUUAUGGCUAGCUGGAUGUGGAUGUAAUGGGUCCUCCCUUCCCCUUUGCUUCAUUCCUUCUUUUCUUUUUCUUUUUCUUUCUUUCUUAAUUCAUUAAAACCAAGUAACCAUGACACAAAGAUUUCCUUGCUCUCCCUUUAGGCAGGGCUUGGCUUCCAGUGUCUGAGAACUUCUCAUUCUUAAAGUUUAGAAUUAGAACAGAAAAGGACAAUGUCAGGCUCCUAGCUUCUCACUCCCACUGAGCUGGGAUUGGCAGAUGUACAUGGGAUGAGAUCUUUUGACUCAAAGGCUUUAAGGUCCUCGGUAAAUUUGAACGACCUGUCUGUGCCCCCACCACGUUAAGGUCAGAGCCGUAACAACACAAGAUUUAAACUUCUUGAAACCUGUGGUGCCUUUUCUCGUGGUGCUUUUCUGUCAUGUGACUCCACUCAAGGUGGCCACUUUCAGCAAACAACAGUGCCAGGACUUCUCCCAAGUUUUCGGUGCCAGUGCAGUCAGAGACGUACACAACGCGUCAGUCAACGUGGAUACAGAUGUACCACUGUGGUUCUGUAAUUACCUAACUGAGGUUCUGAUGCAGCUUUGGUGGGAGUUGAUCAUUCCUCUACAAACUAGAGCGCUCUAUGAGACCUACUGGCUCUCUGGGGACUAACAACCCUGAGAAUGGACACCGACAGGCGAGAUGAGCUGCCUGUCCUCCCAUCCUUGGGACGAGCUCUCUUCUUCAUUUGUGAAAGUUGCAGUCUCCAUAACAUGAAAUGCUUGGUAAAGAGCAUAAAGCAGCUUCUUUUAAACUUCUUUUGGUGCUGAUAAAAAAAAAAAUCUUUGCUUAUUUUGCUUCCUUGCUCAUGGCCAGAAGCUGCUUUUCCAAAAAAGAAAAAGAAAGAAAAAGAAAAAUCUCAACUCACCAGUCAAAGUUGACAAAGGAUGAUUUGGAAGUCAAAGGUGAGAGGUUGGACAUUCUUGCUUUGUGUCCAAACUCAAGACAGUUUCCUCUGUAACUUACUUAGGUCUCUCAGACUCAGUUCCCCAUCUAAAAUGGUUUCCAUACUAUGUAUGUAUCUCAUGGGGAAGGCUUCUCAUAGGAUUGGCUGUUGCGGGCAUAGUCAAUAUUUUAAUAGUUUGGAGACAGCUGCUUGACCUGAUUUUGAGAUUCUGUGGGUAUGUCACUGAGACUUGCACCCUGAGGUUUGGUUUGCUCCCUCUCUGCCUUUGCCAUCAUUAUCUCAUCUCCUCCCUCAAGUAAUAUCUUUGGAUGUUGGGUAACUGACAGAGAUUCUCUAGGGCGUUAGGGAGUGUUAAUUUCUCCCAAGGGAAUAUCGCUAAUGCUGUUUAAGGUGCUAGAAUCAAACCUCAUUUUAUACACUUUGGUUCUUAGAGAAAAAACGUGCAGAAUUCUUUCUGUGAGGCCUUAUAAUAGAUUGGCAUAGAUGGUUGUUAUCUAAAAAGCGAGAGGGAACAGAAAAUACAAAUAAGACACAGAGACUCUGCAUAAACCUUAACUAAAAGACCUUUGUUAUUUCCUAUAUUAAUGUAAACUACCAUAUAUGUAUACACACGUGUAUGUGUGCAUAUAUGUCUGUAUAUGCUAAAGGCAUAUGGCAGGAGUGGAAACAUGUACAGAAUUCUAAGCUCUAUUUUCAGUUUUCUCUUGGUUUGUAACUUUUGGUACAUGUGUGUGCAAGAGAGUCCGGUGAUGGUUGGAUGACAGGUACUGAAUGUGAAACAGGAAAUCCUUCAUCUUUUGUUCUGAUCCAUACCUUUUUAGAAGGCAGGCUGAAUGAGAGGUAAGAGACGUAAAGCAAGAUAUAAAUAUGCUUCCUCAUGUUCUGCACAUGGAUAUUACACCUGGGCGUUGUUUCUUCCCUAUUUGUAUUGAUGGCUGCCUGAGAUGUUCGCACAUAACAUUUACCUCAAGAAAGCUUUAAAAAAAAAAAAAGGCAGUUUUUCCUCUUGUUUCUUAAAAAGUAGUGACUCUCCCCUAACCAUAACGUGAGGCAUGGCCACAGAGAGAUCAAUAAGAGAAUCAAACCAUUUCUGGUGCUUUUCUUCAUGCCUCGUCCCUCAUCCCCUCUUUUAACUGCUACUGUAAGCAAAAAUCUGAGAUAUUACUUGGGAAAAGAAGUGGUGUGGGGAUUCAGGCACAGUGUAUUGGUGAAUCCAAGCUUUGCUGGAACAGGCAGCGGUGGGGGGGGGGGGUCUUUCAAAGGUUGGCUUGUGUGGUUUGGGUCCUAGUGCUGGUGUGUGUGUAUGUGCGUGUGCGUGUGUGCGCGCAUGUGAGUGUAUGUGUGUGUACUGUAUAUACGUUUCUGUGUGUGAUGUGUCUGAUGGACAGAGAACAAAAUACUGCAAGCAGAAAUGAACAGAAAAUAAAAUCAAUCUAUCAGAUGCUAUUUCUCAGAUGAUGUACUCGUUCACCUUGGUGAGAAGCCACUGUCUCACAGCUAUGCAAUCUUCCAGUUUCCCUCCACCCCCUUCACCUCAGAGUCCAAGCUGUUUUCCAUAUCCCACACAGAUUGUUUUUUCCUUUAUCCAAGAACCACAAUGACCAAUCUCUGGUUCAAGGUGAGCAUGCUACAGUGAUUCUUUGCCUAAAUUGAAGAGCUAACAACCACAAGAAAAGUUUUAUUUGCUUCCAUUUGAAAUGAUUCGAUGUACUAAUCCUGCUUGGUUCUGUAAGUGAUCUGAUGUGUAUUUUGUGUUUACAGUUGUUUUCAUCCUCUUUUUGGUUUGAAAUGUUUGUUUUCUUUGGUAGUCUAUUUUUCAUGGUAUAUGUUUCGGGGAUGUGUUGACUUACUGAAAGAAAAAAAUUUGGCUUAAGUGGAGCAAUGAGCCUGUGAUCUCUUGAGGCUGGGGGUAGGGUGGGGCUAGCAUGCACCUGUAGCUGUUGUUGUAGCCUUUCCAACCUGAUCCUGAACCAGACUGCAGCUCUGUGCUGGUGUGCCCUGGGGAAGAUCUGACCCGUUGGAGAUUUCUCUCUCUUUACUUGUGGUCAUCCAUAUGGAGUAACCUGUCCCCAGAGGACCAAGUCGAGCCUUCCACCUUAGCUUUUGGCCAGUUCCAUUCUUCCCAGAUGGCCCCCAGUCUACACUUCAUACCCAGUGACAAGCCUCACUUUCUAUCCUUUCCAAUACGCCAUCCCCUACCAACGAGGACGUCAACUUGGCUCUGUUUUCCCUUUGAAGCUAAUGUAAGUACAAGGGAUCUCUUCAAGGGCUCAGGAAGCCAGCCCUUGACCUGCAGGCUGUGUGCACAGUGUGGUGUGCAGUGGAGUGACAUGAGUAUGGCGGCUUCCAGCUUGUUGACAAUGCCCCAUGAGGUUAAUUCAAGUAAACUGGCACAGCUUUGCAAGGUCUUGAGAAGUAGUUAUGGGGAAGAAGAGAAGUCCUGGGGUUCUAUAAAGCACAAACUAGGCAGGGAAAACCCUGCAGGCAGAAGGCAGCUCCUCCCCCUUUUAGGCUGAGAAUGCACAAGUCUGAGUUUUGUUCGUGGUUUACAAAUCUCGCACAAGGUGGCUGAGCCAUCCAAGACAGUUUUUAACAAACAAAUUCAGACACUGCCUAACUGCUGUAGCACAAGCUGCUCCCUCUCCCUGGCUGACGGGAGAUGGAAUUCCUCUGAGGUAAAGAAGAUCAUUGCCUCCGUGAGAGCAGCGGAGUCUUUAGCACCUCCUCCACCCCCAGUCUCCCUCUUCUCUUAGCUAUCUGGAGAUGUUUGAGACCCAUACUAAAAAGGUCUUCCUCUUUCUUUCUCUUAAAGGCAGUCCCCCUUUGGAGGUUGUUUUCUGUAGACCUGGAGGCCUUCCUAUAUAAGCACCCCUUCCAGAAAUCUUCGCCAGAAUCUAAGCCAUCUGCAAGGUUCAGAAAAUCCCAGCAGCAUCAGUUCAAAACAUACAAAAUUCCUCUAAGCUUUCUGUAAGAAGCAGUUAAGGAGCUGGGGCUCUGUCUCCAGUUGCUGAGGUCCUGUCCUAUGACCCCUUCCACCAUGGACCUAUCUAUCUGUGUUCAGGCCCAGAGAUGGCUGCUUAGAUCCAAUGAUCAGGGGACAGCCAAGUUCUCAACUUCCCUAUGGGUCCAGGAAUCACCUUAGGGUGGUGUUAGCCAAUUAUAGCAUGGCCCUUUAAGAAGAGCAAGGAACUCCCAUCUAUGGGGUGUUGAUUUGACUAAGAGCAAGCAAAACAGGGGACUUUAUGCUGCCCCUAACCCAGCUUGGUCCAACAAAAUUCUUCAAGGCUAGCAAACCCACUCUAUUUUACAGAAACAGGGUCUCAUAAUACCUUGUGCAGAGGUCUGUGGUCAGUCAGAGGUAGAGCUGAGGGUCUAGAUAGUUGCUUCUGGUCUGCCUCAGGGGUUCACUUCUUUUCAGGCUCUCCCCAUAUAACUUCUUCUUGCCAAAGCUCACAAUGAUCAGGUGGCUUAUGGAGACUGGGAGAGAUCCAUCCAAUAAACACAGCAGGAGGGACCCAGCCAAGAAUCUGAGAGGUUGAUAGCCAGAGGUUGGGGGUGGUCAUAGGGCUGGGAACCAUGUCUCCUCCUGUUCCUACAUUUCUCGGCAGCUUACUUGCCUCCUGUGAGCAUCUGUUUUCUCAUCUCUAGAAUGCAGAGGUGAGGCUGCAGCCUUUGUGAGCCACACAACCAGAAAACACUGGGCAGCAAGAUGGGCCAAGUGAAGGGAUGGAGAGUCUCAAAUAAUGAACUGAUAUGUUCAGAUCUGGGAAGGUCAACCAUGCUUCAAACCUGAACCAGGGAAGGGAAGGCACAAAAACAGGAAGGGAAGAUGGAGUCACAGCCUCUAGCACUGGAGGCAGGAAGAACUCAGGGAGUGGAGAGGCAGCGAGAGAACUGGGCAUAUGGAGCAGAUGAGAGGGGUUUACACAUGGAGAAGAUGAGGCAGAUGUCCUCAGUCCCUUCCUUUGUAUGUUUGUAAUAGCAGCUCUCCCAGCUUAUUGCCUACUAGCACUCCGACUCAGUGCACUUGCAAGGACACAUAGUCCUAACUGCAGUGAUCACAGAAGUCCAUCAUGAAAGGUCUUCCAUCCCAUGUGCAGAGCUGGGUAUCAUUGGACAGGGCACAACAGUAUCUCGGGCUGUGAAGAAGACAGUGUCUCUCAGUUUUGCUCAUUUCCUCUGUCACAGGUCUCAAAAGACGGGACGUCACUCUCUCCUUUGUUUCCCACAAACAGAAAUCAGAUAGGCUCCCUUCAGAAUUGUCCUAAUGUUGCCUACAAAAGUCCCAGCUGCUUUCCUUGCUUUGAGUCUCCCAAGGGACAGAGAUUCAGUAUUUGGGACCCUUGGAAGUACCCUUGCUCUUGCUGGUCCAGGAACUCCUGAAGACAGCAAUGGGAAUCCCAGACUCACCUGGCCAUAAUCUCUGAGAAUCAAGUGAUCUGACAGAAAGUCCCAUACCCACAGCCAGGCUGGAAAUUUUAUCUGACCUUAUGGUGGCUUCUGCUUAUGGAUGAAUUGAUUUUAAUUCCUCUCUUACCUAUUCUGAUGUUUGAUGCUCAAAGUUGAAAGGUGAGUAUUCCUUGGUAUGGGCCCAGAAAGGCAGGAGGAGCCCUGUGUCCCACCUAAAUACAGAUAUUCAUAACAUCUCCAAAGCUUUGAGAACCUUGAGAUCUUCCCUUCUGCCUCAAACCAAUCCUCUUGUUGCACUUUCUCAACACCCAGCUCAACCUGCACUAAAUUGUCCAUGGACCAAAGGCUGUACUUUGGAGAGACAAAAAGGGUCCUCUGGACUGCUUACAAUCCCGAGACAAUGAAGCACAAACAUGAGGGCCAAACCAGUCAAACACUGGCCUCUCACCCUCACACUUCUUCGAAGUCCUCUCUGAACCUAUCGGGUGGCCUUCAAACCCUCUUCCAUUGCCAUCCUCCCCUAAAAAAAAAAAAAGUGGGUAUUCCACAAGGACCUCUCAGCUUUCUCCCUGGCCCAAGGCUGUCCCCAGCCUGCAGCUGUCUCAUGUUUCUCAGUAGAGCAAAUUUCAUCCAAAGCAGGAUCUAGUCACAAUUAGAUCCUGUAGAAACAUGGAUUAAACCAUCUAUUGAAGUCUGGCUCGAUGUGAACCCUAUAGACAGAUUGGAGCUCCACUUCCCUGGGCACCUUUUGUUCCAAGUCUGUAGAGCUUUCUGAUCACAUACAGCAUGGACAACAGUGUCUUUGCUCUCUGCAUAGGUCUGAGCUGGCCUUCCCUGUGAGCUGUUUUUAUGGUUCACCCAGGCCAGGGUCCUCCUCUACUGCUCCUUCCUCCUUCCCAUGCUCCUGUCAUUCAGGACAUGAGGACUCAGAGGAAUUGGUCUCUGUAGAAGUCACCACCACCCCAGACAUGCAUAAUGUCAAGGUUGAUAUGGCCUUCUGGGUAGCCCAUUAGCCUUCCCAUUGGAAGGAUUAUUAAUUGAAAUGAUAAGGGGAAAGGGAUGUCUUGGGAUGCCAGCUGGCAUGAGCUACCACAGCAAAGAUGCUCUAGGGAAUUAAAACUCCAUGACAUGCCCACCACUGACUCCUAACUGGUGAACUCCUCAGACCCCCAGGCCCCACUUGGCAAGACGACACAGAAUAAUGCUGCAGGACAGGUUACUCCUGGUUAGAUAAGUUAAAACUCCUUCCAGGGUGAGGGUAGACAGUGUAAAAGCAAAAUAACAACAACAAAAAGCAAACCUUUUUCCCUUUAAUUUUACCAGGGUUUGCAAUUAAACACAUCUGCUACCCUGAUGUUAAAAAAAAAAAAAUGUUAUUUUUUUUUCAUCUUGAAGCAGGUGUUUUUACUGGGACUUAUUUUAGGGUCAGAGAUCACUGGGCUUCUGCUGGCCUGGUGAAAAGGCAGACAUUGGUGGCCACAGUAUUAAGCCAAAUUUAAAAUCUUUAGUCGCCUCCAUCUGUAAGUGUUCUGUAUCUACCUCAUUAUGAUUCUUUUGGUUUUCUGUGCUUUCGUGUUGUGUACAAUGUCAGAGGUGAAAUGUAGAUAAAAAUAUAUAUAUAUAAAAUAUAUAUUUUUUGCUUUGCAAUAAAGUUCAAAGCUAUAACACAGAAUAUUCAUGAAAUGUCAUAGCCUUUUCUUGUACUCUAUCCUCUUGGUUGUGAACUGUCCUUGGGAGCCCUUUUGCCUAUUCACUAGAGUCAAUAUUGUUAUGUUGGCCAUUUGAUAAGUUAUUCUACUUAUUUUCAUUGUACUUUUUUGACACACUGAAUAAGACACUAGGAUUCUUGAACAACUCUUGGUUUCAAAGGUGCUUUAUUUCUGUGGAUGCAAGUGACCAAAUGGAAAUGUCUCUACAGACUAAAUCUUCUACAGAACAGGAUUGAUCUUGAUGCCACUGUUCUUUGGGCUUAGAACUAAUGGUUUGUGCAUAGCGGGGGGUGGGGGUGGGGAAGGAAACAUUGAUUUGGCUUUGUUUUUUUUUUUUUGUUUGUUUGUUUGUUUUUGAAGACGUUUCUGUUUCUGUCCCACACAGUUUCCUUUUGUGAUCUCAACUUUGUGGCCUGGAGGGCAGCAUGCACAGACUUGCUGGCUGUGCUGUCUGACAAGGCUGCCCUCCUUGUUGGCUCUUAUCUCUAGGUUGAUAUCAUGUGGUACUCUCUGGAGGUGAACUACUGUACCCAGCCUCCACCUCUUCUCUAAACCUUCUGGAACUUUCUUCCGUACCAAUGUGUUAUGUGGAAUGGUGCUUUGGAACCGUUCACAGUACACAAGCUGGUAGUACCUAAAAACUCACAUUUCCCAGGAGAGUCCAGGUGGAUAACAGGACAGGUUCAUGGGAUCCUGCAGAGAAGGUGGACUGCCUUCAAUUUAUCUGUUUAUCUAUGUGUUUGGACAAAAUUACCUUCAUCUCACUAAGCCCAUCUAUGUUCCAAGCCCUGUAUAAUUUGUACGCUUCAAUGAUCCUUUUUUUUUUUUCCUGUAUCUUGGGCUUAAAAAAAAUGUAUGCUUUUUUUCUCAAAAUAAUUCAAUGUGAAUUAAAAUGGGAUAAAGAAAGGUUUCAAAAUUAGGUAAAAAAAAAUCCUUAUAAAUGACACUUCUGUAGACUUGUCCUAUUAUCUUCCAGCUCUGAGGAGCUAGUCGGUGGAAAAAGUAGUUUAAUGGGUGUAAAUGGUGGCUUCCUUAUAAAUACAUAUGAUGCUAUAAGGAAAUGAAAACACCUAUGAUUCAAUUUCAUAUUAGGUUGUGUUUCUAUCUCUUUUUUCUUCUAAUGAUCAUUAAGAAUUGCUUGCUAUGUAUCAAUGGUUGACAUUUUUCAACUUGUAUUUGAUGGAAGUUUGUUUUAUUCUAAUCUGGGCUGGCAUUGAAAACAACCAUGGUUUGUCCCUGGCUGUUUCUCUUUUUACAGUAUAAUGGUCUGUCCAUGAGUUGAAAUGCAGAUAAAGUGUACACUGAAGGUGGAACACACUGGUCUUGAUUUGGAGGGAAAUCAUAAUGAUAAAUAUAUUUAUAUUUAUAUAUGUGUGUGUGUGUGUGUAAUUAGAGAAGUGGAACAUCACACACACACACACACACGCACACACAUACAUACGCAUGAGUACAAUAGCCAUGCGCUUCUAAAGUUGGUUUUCAGUUCUGAGGAAUUUGCCACCUCACUGAGCUUUCUAUAAGAUUUCAUUGGAAAAUAAUUAAAUGAUUGAAAAAUGUAUGCUUACAAAAAUUCUCCCCUUCCUUUCUCCCUCCCUUCUCUUCUUCCUCCUUCUUUCCUUCCUUCCUUUAGCACUAGAAAGCACAAUUCCUAUUAUUACUCAUCCUUUUGGUUCCACAGCUACAUUAUGGUCCAAGGAGGAAAGUGGAAUUUGUUCUUUGUUCUGCCACCUACCUUUCAUUUCACCCAAAACCAAGAGAAAGCAGAGAUGCCUGCCCAUGGCUAUAUCUGCAUAUGCCUCUGUUUCCCAAGUUUUUCCAUGGGUAGGCCUCCAUUCCUAGAGAAUUUUCCAAACUUUGAAUACCAGGCUCCCUUUUGUUUCCAUGCAGGUUUGGGCCAUGCCCACCCAGAUGCUUCUACACAUUGCACCAGGGCACAGACAGCAGGAAGUCAGGGCCACCAGAGGGGCUCUCCUGCAUCGGAUAGAGACAGCACAUGUCUUCGUAGCAAAGAGCACAAGGUUCAGAAUGCAGUUUUUAGAGGAAGGUCCAAUGGGCUUGCAUGACUCUAAUGAUCAACCAAGGAGAGGACAUGGGUGGGGUUUCUGAACAGAUGAGCCAGCUUUGCCCAUGCAGUGACCUCUCUGCCUCCUCAUGGGCAUGCUUCUUGGAGAGAGAGAUGAAGGCAAGUCAUGGGAGGAAGAAUGGCCAGCUUCAGCUCACUGGGAAAGGCCUCUGUAGUCAAGACAGCUCACUUCUGCAGGAUGGGCCAGUCCUCCUCUGGUCUGUGCACUGUUAGUUAUGUUUGUGAGGGGUUGUUUCUGGUGAUAUUUUCUCACUAUUUCUAAUUUGGAUGCUCAUUGCUCCUUCGGAAGGGAGGAGACACUGUCCCAAAAAAGAAAGCAUUCCAAAAAGAGAGGCUCUUCAUCCUAGCUGUUAGUUGUUCUUGAUAGCCCCCUCCAUAACUCACUCCCAGUGCCCCCAUACAUUGCUGACUUCUGUGUGCCCUAUUUCUGCAUAAGAAAAAUGUCUAGGCCUGAGGGACUUGUAGGUCACUGAACCAUGAGCAGCAGGUACAUCUCAAUGGUAAUGACAAAUGAUGCCAGUAUUUCUUUACCCCAAAUUCAAGGUUCUGUACAGUCACAGUAGAAAUUACGUAGGCCACUGUGUCUGCCAUGCUCUGACCUUCCUGCGAAGGCAGGUUGUCAGACAAUGAAUCUAUUUUAUACCUAAAAGGACUUUCCUGCAAAAAUAAUAUUCCCAUUGAAAAUUCAGCCAGUUGACUAUCAAGAGCAUUUUUUUUUUUUUAUACCAUGCUCAGAGCUAGAACCAUACGGGACCAAAAUUUGAAACAUAUUUCAAGGCCUUUAAUAGGAGUAAGAAUGGCACAUAAAACCCUACAACACCGUAGGAAACAGGGCACAAGAACAGUGUGGGCUACAGUGGGCACCCGCAGAAUGCUUGGAAAAUGCUAGCAUCUGGGUCAGAUUCUGAAGGGCCUAUAGGAUGCAUGGAGAUAAUCCACUAGGGUUAGAUACGACCUCAGUCAUGUAUCAUUUGUUUACUUAGGAUAUUGUUUCCUUUCUGGUGAGAAAGAAAGAUCAUCUCUAGCAUACACAAGGUGUGCUCUCUUCCUGGAAAUGGUAUUGCCAAUUCCAAGGGUAUCCUUGAGGAUAGACCUCAGCCUGAGCAUAGCCGAUGAGGUGCAGAGGGUGGCACUUCUAGCAUGUGAACGAGAACAACAGUCAUAGAAUUUCCUCUGUUUCCCUUAGUCUUGUUUCUAAUUGCCAUCCUAUCUUUAAUCUUCCUACGAUAACAACUGUCAGCAAUCCACAAUCCAGGGUUUUUUGUUUUGUUUUGUUUUGUUUUGUUUUUUGUUGUUGUUUUUUUUUUUUCAGCAGAUAAGAAUCCAACCCUGUCAGCCUAGCAUCUAUCUAGAAAGGAAAGACUGCAACUUCAUACAAGCGUUUUGAGCCUGGAGAUUUAGGAUAUUAAAGUUGAGCAUCCCCUUCACUUUGUACCUGCUAAGUGACAUUAGAUCCUUGCUUCCUCCCACAAACAUCAUACCUCAUACACAUGUCCUCUGUCCAGUGUGUGGCCCAAAGUGUCCCUCACUCAGUUCUCACUUGUGUUGAUUGGGAUUUUGCUUCCCCUUGGUUUGCUAGGUUUGCCUCUAUUUUUUUUUCUUAGUGAACACAACUCUUUUCUUCAGAUUAACCUUAGUACCUAAUGGUAUAAGCCACAGCUUUAUUUCACAGGGGAAAUUGAGACUUGGGUGGUGAAAUAGCCAUCCCUGCUUCCCUCACUUAGUAAGAGAGAAAACCAUGCCAUGGGUUAGAUGUCUUGAGAAAAACCCCUCAUCUUUCCCACCUCACCUCUGAUCACAUACCUUCUUGUUGAUUGAUGGAAUCAUCCAACUUUCUGUUUCCUUCUGUUGUCUAAAUGAACUGUGAAAGUUAACCCCUACAGAGAUAUAUUUUAUCUGGAUCUUCAGAUAAAUAUGCCUGCAACAGCCUCAAUGGUUUCACUGAUGGAAUAGUGAGAUGGCCAAGAGAAGAGGUCCUAAAACAUUUGUUUGGGCCUGACAGAUAGCAACAAAUUUAUUUCCCCCACUUCCAAAGAUUUUUCUUCUGAUAGUGCUUAACACAGAUUCUAUGAGAAACUACUUCAUUGAUCAGCUUCUGUUCAGACCUCCCCCUGGAGGCCAGUUUCAAAGGAUCACUCCAAACAGCAGAGAAGGAAGGAAUCAGAGCAUUGAGUGACACCAUUGCUUUGGGGGAUUCAAACUGCUCAACAGAAACUGAGCAGCCUCUGCUGGGUGAAAGGCCAGGUUCUUGCUUUGCUUCAGGCACAGCUGCCUGUCACAAUGCUUCCUGUCAGAACGUAGAGCAAUUUCUUUUGAGGCUAAAGGAAGAUUUCUUUUCCUGAGGAUAAGGAAUCUCCACCAGAUUCCUAAGUCCCUAAACAGUUAACUCAUCCUAUUUCCAACUCAGUCUCACCACUCUCUAACACCUGGCAGACAUCCCAAGCACUUGACUAGACCCACCCCAAGUCAUUCACAGCCUGUGGGGGGCAGGGGGAAACCCAGUUCAAAAAGACUGAUGGAGCAGUGCUCUCUGGGGUUCAGAGGACAGGAAGACAUCGAUAUUGCUGAACUCAGAAACAGAGGUGGUGACGUUGCAUUUCAUGAGCUCUAUGGUUCCCCUGUGUGAUGAGCAUUCCCCCCGGGUUGUAGUAUCUCCUGGAUUUAGGAAUUGUGGACGUUGAUGAGGAAACGAACAUGAUGUGCCUCAUCCUCUUCUCCCCCUCCAAUCACUGAAAGUCCCCUCUACUGAGCACUAAUGUUUAUCUCUAUAGACCGUUUGUAGAGGACUUGCAAGGGCUCUUUAUGAGCCCUUCAACAAAGCAAGGCUCACCUAGAAAAAAAUGGGCUCAGCCAGGAAAAGACACAAAGGGAGUGGAGAGUGAGAUAGCAUGCUCCUCUUUCUCUGAACUAGAUUCUCUGAGAUAGAAGGUGGUUGCUUGCACCCAUAUCAUGCUAAGAUUGAUCUUGAGAGGGAAGGCUGAGCCUCUCUGUUGCCUCACCUCCAGGAGAAAGGAGACUGUCAUUAUACCUUGUUAGCUAUCAUUCUUGACCAUCAUGUCUUCAUGUCCACAGACCAUAGGCUUCUAUCCAGAGCAGGUGUCCUGUGAACCUAUAUUCUAUAAACAGGGUUAUGGGUUACUGAGAAUAAUGGAGACGAACAUUUUCGUAGGACUAGCUAGAGAAUGCAGCCUUGAACUACGCAGCCAACUUUCAAAAGCUCCCUGUGAAAUCAGAAGCCACAGGCCAGUCCCCCAGCACUCUUUUGGGCCCACACUGAUUGUCACUGAUUGCUCCUAAAAGCUGUCUUUGCUUUGCCACUGUUCCACUCUAUUGUUAUGGCAAAUUCUGAGAUCUCUGCUGGAAUAUUUUAUCGAAAGUGUUCUGAAGUCAGUGUGUGCCAUCAUCGUUACAUUUGUCAUUUACCAGAUGCCUGUUUCCGAAAUAAUAUGUAUUCAUCUCCUACUGAGUCCAUCAUGUCAGCUGCAGGUGGUAUUUUAAACGUCCUCACUGUUUAACAGUGAUGAGACAUAGCAUUGUCUUUCUUGAAACCUUCAAGAAACAAUUAUUGUUUCCACCUAAACUUCCUGGUUUGACUUGGCAAACAGGAGCAUACAAGCCAGUGGACUUUUUUUUUUCCUGAGUGGGUUGAGAAUAACUUCUAUAAAGAGAAAUCUGGAAUUAAGAAAUUAGGCUGGGUCAUCCAAGGCAUAGCUCCUGCCAAAGCAGAAUCCAGCCUCACCACCAUCCAGCCAUGGCAGAUGGGGCUCUAGGUUCAACAUCAGCCUAGUGCACUAGCCACCACACAAUUUCCUCUUCAGCAAAUUCAGACAACACUCUUUAAUGCCCCUUGCUGGCCCAGAAUCCUGUUGUAUGCAUACCCACUCACCUAACAAAGCAACAGAGCUCAGUUUCCCUUUCCUAACUCACCUUAAUGUUUAUAAUUGUAAGAAUCCAAGGAUACAGUAAUAGUGCACGCAGAGAGACCCUGUCUCAAAACUAAACAAAACAAAGAUAAAUCUCAUAACUCAAUCUUAUUUUUCUUGAUUUAAAAGAAAAAAAAUGAGGCCAACUGCUCAUUGCUCUGAUAAACAUGACCAAAACAUUUAUUUUGCUUACCUCCCCUCCCAAAUGAGAAACAAACAAACAAACAAAACCCACCUUUGCCCUUCCCAAUCCUCAUUUUGUUGAUGAUGUCAAACAUUUUAAGUGUGAAAGGAGGAAACCUGAGCAUUCUAAGCUGGGAGCUAGCCAUUUUAGAUGUUCAGAAAUUAAUGAGCAAAGCAAAUAAUGCCAAGCACAAAAGAACCCCACAAAUCCUAUUGUCUUUUAAAAGCCACUUGGAGCAGAUGAAAAUGUCCCUAAACAAGUGCUUUGGAUAAAGCCUUAAAGCUUCAUUGAAUGGGAGAGGAGAUGUGCUUAAGAGAAACAGAUGAGGCUGGUCAUAGCAUUUCCUGGAUGCCUGCUGUGUGCUUUGCCUCCAGUACCUAUGCAUUAAGUUGUUUUACACCCAGCAUGAGGAGGCUAGCGGUCAGAGAAGCUGACCUGCCUGAGGUUGCACAACUGCAAUGAAGUAAGAAACCACCCUAGCCCCCAGGGUCAGUUUGGUGAUAUGGAAACCAUGCCAAGAGUUAGUAAUGCAGAAGCUACCUUGCCAUGAUGCCAGCAUCAACAGUGUCGGUUCUUGGAGCAUUGUUCAUGGGAAUAUCUUUCAGACAAGGGCAGCUCCAUAAUGGUACCAAAUAAUCCAAGGUAUUGAGAAUGACCCAUACGGACUUAUAUUGGGGUAUGAUUUUUACCUUUUAGAUUGCUUUCUCUCUCAUCCCAGCCCCUAAUUUCCUUCUGUUCCUUUCUUCAUGGGGACGAAUCUGUGGUCAUAAAUUCUUAAAGGAUGCAUCAUUUGGAGAGAGGAGGCCUUGCUAUCUGUGCCCAACCCUGGGGAUUUAUCUGAAGAUUAUAGAUAGCAUCUGUAGAGGCUAUUAAGGCAAACGAGCUUUUUAAAGUCCUCCAUUGGCAGGAAGAGCCAUGGUCAGAAAAGCCUGUCGACAUCAGCUGUCUAGAAGGGGCCGGCCACUUUAGAGAUGCCUAGAGGAAUGUGUGAAGACCACCCUGGGCUGCCCUGUGAGUCAGACUGGGCUGCGAUCACAGAACAUUUCCAAGGUGGUUACUUUAGUAGAGAGGACUCUGUCCUGGUGACUAACUCUGGAGAAGCUUAGUCAGAUGGGGUCUCUUCUGGCCAAAGGGGGGAACAGAAGCCCCUUUUUGCCAAAAUCAAGGAGUGUACUACCUAUCAGAGGCAGCCCAUGCUUCCCCCAAUGGCCAAAUUUUAACCAAAUCAUGGAGUACUUCCUGGACUCACACCACCAUUUCCCAUUCAGUGUCAAAGGUAGGGAGACUUCCUGAUGGUGCCGAGGAGUUGGAGUUCCUUUCGCUCCUUGGCUGUAGAUGUGAGUAGAUGACUGCUCACUUAUACAGGUCAGCAGGAGGAAGCCGACGGAUCAUGCUACCAGCCACAGCUCAGAGACGGGACAGUACUUUCCACAUCCUGCACAGGCCUAGCUAAUCCUGCUCCCAAAGCAAUUCUUGUACGAAAAUGGCCUCCUUUAGAUUCAGCCCCAAGGUUCACCGUCAAAUAAGGCAGAGUGUGGCUUUCUGGGAUUAGGACUCCAGAGGGCUACAUGAAGAAGGCCAAAGACCAACGGGCAGGGUUCAUGGCUUCUGCAAGCUUCUAGCCUGCUGCUGUCUGUGCCCAGUGCCAAAUGUCUGCCCCUCCUCUUGGUAACAGAGAGGGUGACCCAGUGCCUCAUGAACCGCCUAACACACCCCGUAUUCCUGGUACUGCAAAUCUCAUGAGGCAAGUCUUCCAUGGGCCUCAUUUCUCCUCAUGGUCCACCUGUGGAUCUGUUUUUUGUUUGUUUGUUUCCGAUUUUGUUUUGUUUUUAGUCAGCUUCCUCUUUUCCAGCCUCUUGCCUCACGGUGAGGCUCAGGAGGUGGGCCACCCAUUCUUAGAUGUUCUUCUAGAUUCUUGGUUUCCUUUUUUCCUUCCAAUACGUGAAACUCUGAAAGGCACUGUCACCUUGGCAAUGGCCACCCAUUGCAAUGGCCACCUCCCUGCUUGCUUCUGUUGUUUUCUUUCCGCCCAGUAGGUGGCGCCACCUUCCCUCCCAACAACCUCAAACAGUGACUGAAGCACAAUGCGCUGAGGCCAGGAGGUUCAGGCAUUGCUUUCCGAGUGUAAUGGAGAAAGCUCAGUGACGCGGGGACUCCCUUAGAUUCCUCCACUCUUCAGCCCCAGUUUUCUAGUUAUUUUCCUGAUGAAAUUGUUACCGGUUUUGAAGGAGUAGACACCUUGUGCUGACGAAUUGUGCGAAACACCGCCCUCUUUCGUUCCUAGCGUCGGAAGGCUGGACUGCCUAAGCGCCCUGUGCGUUAAGACCGCCAUCUGUUUUUCCGAGUUGAUUUCGACUGGUGCAUUCUCACUUAUCAGGGACCUCUGAUUCUAGAACAAAAUCAGCUACUUAUUCUAGUUACUGUAAGCAGACACAUAACUUUUACUGUAAUUUGAAAACCCUUGCACUGUAAUGGUAUUUAAACAACAACAACAACAAAAAAGCAAAUCCUAUUGAAACUGGUUUUGUAUUUUUGAUUACAUCUGGAUUUUCACAUUUUUGUAUGUAACCAUAACCACAGCAGAGCUUCCAUAGCUUGUGUUCAAGGCCUUGUUUUCUUUCCAGGUUGAAGUCUUAAGAUUGUGUUGUCGCCAACAGUUUAAGGGGGCAGGAUUGGGGCCUGACUGGUGGCACUUGUCACGGAGGCGUCCCUGCUCUGGCGCCAGGGAGACCUUGCCUAGAAGAGCAAGCCGUGUCGCAUACCAUUGUGUGAGUUCCCACAACAGCUCACAUCUCCAACAAAUCCAAGGCCAACGGUUUGGGCCCAACCUUUGCCAGGGACUGUCUCGACUGAGCAGCCCCCACCCCUACACCACCCAGAGGCCUGGGCAAGGGAGGACAUUUUUUACGAUACGAAACUUUUGGAAUUGAUUUCUGAUUAUGAUUUCUUUCCCUUCCCGCUGGAAACGUGCUGGGCAAAAGACAGCAUGGUGUUAUCGCCCCUCUGCUUCUCCAAACCGACACACCUGUUGUGCUCCCUCGUUUCUUAGAGAAGAACAUUCUAGGCACAGAUCUAAGUACGAACUCUUUGCCUCCUGGAUCUCCGCUUAGCAGCUCUCCCUGUGUGUUCCUAACUGUUGAUGCGUUUUCCUUCUUAGCAUUGCUUCUCAUAUUUCACUUUAUUUUUUUACUGAAACAGCAACAAAUCCACAAAGGAACAAAUUAUCUCUUUUCCUCUCUCUCUCUCUCUCUCCUCUCUCCUCUCUCUGAUGUGUAAUGUUGUGUUGUCCAGAUUCUGUAUAAAGAUAUGUAUAUGAUGUAUCUGAUAUCUGGCAGCCUCUGGCUGUUACUUUAACCAAUAUAAUUAACAAAAAUGCAUAAUGUUGGUGUUUGAUUUUUUUUUUUUUACAAAAAAAAAAAAAACCAACCUAGUUAAGCUGUUGUGUAUUUUUGCAUGGUUAAAAUGUACUUAGUGCAUUGAGCAUUGUCGUGGAGGUGCACCGUGAACAGGCCAGUUUCCUUUUUAUUCCCAAUGGUGACUGGUUGUUAACCAGACUUAGUCCCAAUGAUGUCUGUCUGCUUUCCUUUAGCAUAAUUCUAUUUAUAACUUGUGUUUAGUACUCAAGGUUCAACAUAGCAUAUCUAUCUAUCUCUAUUGUAUUUACUGUUCCUUAGAACCAGGUUGUGGAAGUCCACCCAUCAGGUACAGGUGUCUCCAUUGCUGAUUUCCAUUGAAUUUUGCUCCAAUGAACAGCUGAACAGUCCAGCUCUAGAGCACCAGGCCCUGGAGACAAGGGCGGGCAUCUUUGCUUCCACUGAUCUCUCCCUCUGAGCAGUACUGUGUUUUUCCCUUUGUCUUGGAACAUUAGUUUUUCAGUCCUAGUUAUAUAAAGGAAAAGAAAGGACAAGAAGGUAAGUGGGAGUCUAAGAAUUAUUUAUAUUUUAUACACAAGAGUACAUAUAAUAUAUUGUAGAUAGAAAGAGAGACAGACAGUAAAUGUUGAGCUAGGCAGACAAUGGGAGAUGUUGAAGGAGUCAGAAAAAGAGAUGAGGAGCUUUACUGCCUGGAGUGACACCAGAUCCACAUGAAAGACUACGUAAAAUUGGUGGCCUUAUUGUGCCUCAGCUUUCUCAAAUGUGAGAUCAGGAAGGGUGGUGACAGAAAGGGAGACAGUUACCUUCUCCUGGGUCUUCAGUGCACUUAAAGCAAAAAUGUCCUGUGAGACUGAACUGCUGUUUGGAGACAGAGCUUGCAACCUCUCCCCUCCUCCCUAGGACACUAGACUUGCUCAGGGGAAGACAUGUGUUAAAGAGACUAUUAUGUGUCAGGAUUUCCACAGGAAGUCUCUUCAGCAAGAUGGUUCCUACACAGAUCGGAUGACGUGGAAUAGCCUGAAGUAUCACUGGUCAAGGGAGUUGAGUCCUUGCCCUAGAAUAUUUUCUCUUUGCCAAGUCUGCAUCUGUGGGCUUGUUUGCUCCCUGGGGGUAAGCAGUUUGCCAUUCCAUCUUUCCCUACCCUAGACUCUGAUGGACAACCCCUCCCCUUGCUGGGACCCAACACGUACAGUUGGUAUUAACAGCUUUGUGGUGUCUGUUUCCUCGAACACUAACUUGUCUUGGGGCAUAAUGCUUCACCCCUCUGCAAACAGGCUGCUUCCCCUUUCUGAAGCUGAGGUCAGAGUUAGGUUUCCAAGGUCCUGGUACAGAAAACCAUCUGUCCAAUGGCCAGCUGAAUCAGAACAAGUUCUUGACUGUCUAUCUUUCUCUUCAGAGUUAAGGACUAAACAUACAAUUCACAGACAUCUUCCUCAUGGGUACUCAGGUCCUUGGUUUUGUACCCAUUGGUCCUCAGUGGUGUGAGUGUUUGUCACAUUCCUGUCAGCUGCUGGUGGGCAUUUUCCAAAAUGUAUUGGGUACUCUUUCUCUUUUCCUUCAAAGUCAAGGCUGGCUACAGAGAAACAGGGUGGCACUGUUCUUCUCCUGCAGGCUUUCUGUGGCCAGGGUUCAGGGAAAGCAGAGCCAGUAAGCUGAUGUUGGUCUCCAGUCUCUUGGAGGAUGUGAGGACAUGGACUUACUAUUUCCCCGAAGCAAGCAUACUCUCUAGGUACAGGGCUGUAGAAAUCAGCCCUUGCCCUCCUCUGUUUCAGCUGACAGCACCUGGAACCUCAGACCUGAAUGCCAGAAAAGCCCCUGAGAGCCCUGAGGACCUGGGUUCUCCUUUCACAGAUGAGGCAAGUCACGUCCAGAAAGAAGAAAUAGUGAGCAAGGGAACUUAGCAGAACUCAUGGAGCCACUUUGUCCCUUUCUGACGUAUAACCACCAGCUCACAGAGCUCCUUUAAGUUUAUGAAAUCUGUGUGGAAUAGCCCCAACCACCAUGCUCCACAUUCCUAAAUCUCUUCAUGAUCAUGGGUGACAGGAACACACAGGUCAUAGUCCACUUUCCCAGCCUGCAUGAGGCAAGCUAGGUUAGUGUUAGGCAAGGAAGGUCAGCGUGUGGGAUAAGGACUGAGCCCAUUUCCUAUGUGCCUGUGCUUUUGAGAGGCACUGAAUAGCAAUGAGAACAAUGGUAGAUUCUCCACUUCUGUUCUGCCCUUCCAGCUCUCCUACUGGAUGGGUUUUGGGUUUUCCUUGAUGAUCACAGCAGUUUAACUGUCCAAAUAUCUUCCCAUCCCUGAGACCUGGCCCCUUUCCUCAAUGUCUUCCUUCAAGGUUAUCUCCAUUCCAGAGGCCUCAGUCAUUCCAGGAAGAACAUUCUAUAGCUUUUUAAACAAUCUUUCUCAGAAAGCCAUGAUUUUUUGGUUCAAGCAUGUCUUCAUGUUUACUUUAAAAUUUCCCUGUUUCUUCAUUGCAACUCUCUCCAUCAGCUUUUAUCUCCCUGGAGCCACCGGAAGCCAUUAAGUAUUUUCAUCAUGCAAAAUGGCAGUUUCAAGGACUUCCAUGGGUGUCAUUUUACCUCCUUGCUUUCCUCUUUCAAGGACCUUCGCAGCCCCAUUCUUAUGUGGCCAUUUUUUAUUUUUAUUUUUUAUUUAUUUUUUGCUCUGGGGGCCCUUGAGAUUUGUCCCUAAAGCUUACAAAGAUCUCAUCUAGAAUGUGCUUUUGUGUGAAUUUUUGGAGCAUAGUUCACAGCCUACUGCUGAGGCACCUUGAUUUUUACUGUAUCAUGGAUAAGGGCCAUGAGGCCUGCCUCUUUGGCCCCAGCCUCCAGGUCUUAAAAAAGUCUUUUUGUUUUGUUUUGUUUUUGUUUGCUUUUUAUACUGCAUAGAGAAAUGUUUUUGAUUCCAGUUAGACUGGGGGCUGUUUCUUGAAAGAGAUCAAAUUCCUGAGUUGGAGAUUUUUAAAGGGUUUUAUACCUUCAAAGAACUGCCGCCUUAGCCCUUUAAAGCCUGCUCCCAAGAGGCCACUUCCUAUCCCCGAGUCUCCCUCCCACCCCCAGUGAGCUGAAUAGAUGCCUGUGCCUUAGCCAGAGGCCCAGAAAUGACCCCAGACAUCUUUGGUACUUGUUCUCUGAGAAGUGCCCCAAACCCCUGCGAAGUGUGAGUCAAACGCUAAGGUUAAAGGUUCUUCCUUGAAUUCUAUGGCCUCUUAUGGCUCUGUGGGAGAAAGGUGAAUCUAGAUGGCCAGUAAGCCACAUAUCCAACUUGUUCCAUCGAGAAAAGGAGCUGCCACCACUCCAAAUUAGGACCAUAAGCCCUGAAAUUAACAUGAUCGAUAUUAAUAUGACAAUGACCAUUAUUUCUCUUAAAAAACAAAACAAAACUAGGAAACAAUCAAAUUUGUAAACAUUCUUUCACAAUCUCCCUAUCCUAAAAAUGACUCUUCCCUAUGUCCCAUCAGGGUUAUUGUAAGUUUUUGUCAUCUUUGUGUAUGUACACUCUCUGCAUUCAUAGAAAGCCUUCCAUUCUGUCCGUUACAAUUUGCUUUCUGAACUGUUAGAGCAGAUCUUUUGUUCCUGUAUUCUUAAACUCUUCCAAGAAUAGGCAGGGCUGGUGAGCAAGCAUACUGUGCACAGUAACACUCCAGCCCAGAGUUGCUGCCCCACCCCCACCCCCAAAAUGGCUCCUCAGAAGGAUGCCUGCAAGGCUAGCAAAGCAACAAGGGUUCUGCCAUGAAUACUAUGUUCCUAUGGCUCACUGGCAGAUGUUCUGAAGAGUGUUGCCUGCUUCUCAGUGUGGUAAGAGCAGAGCUGGAGAACAGGUACCAGUUAAAGACCAUGAUGGUGACUGCCCUGUCCCGGUGGCUGUAGAACAAUGGCUGGCUUCUAGUUCUUCCUCGAUAGCCCCUUCCCAAGUGGCUUUGAAAGGAAAGAGGAUUUGUUUUGUACUGUGUAUCACUUAGAAGAUAGGUUUAAUCAUGAGCUAAAGAAGGAUCAGACAAGGAAGUCAUCCACCUGGCCUCUUUAGCAUGGUCACUUAACUUGCCGCCAAUCUUGUUUUGUCCAUAUCCCCCACAGCAUGCUUGCCACAUGUUAUUGUCACUGGCUUAUUACUAAAAUUCUUGCAGUCCUGUUGCCCACUUUUCUUAGGGUCCAAAUAAGACAACAUUUACCACAGAGGGACCAGACAUGGAUCUAGUCCCAAACAGCUGGUCAUUACAGUAUUUUUCUCCUGCAAGUGUCUCAUCUCCACCAAGGUCCCUUAGGGGGCUCCCAAAUAAUUUGAGUCUAGCAUCUCCAAGCUGCUAUACCUGCAGGCUCCAGGCAUCCGAUAAAGAGCCUUUUUCUGGCCUGCUGUCUCAUGCUGGAGGGUGGGAGAGUUCUAUCUGCUUUAUCCAGGUCAUACUUGGUUAGUAUGCAGGGGUAGGUAGUUGUACAUUUUGUCAGAAACUGUCCCAGAUCCCCUUUCCUACUACAGAGCCUUAUCAGUCAGACCACCCAGCUUCUUACCAGAGGUUAGCCCAGAAAGACAGAUAGCUCUUUGAGGUCACCCCUCCCAUAGCAUUGUAGGUUCAUCUCCUUUGUCUGGAGCAUAGAGAAAGAAAAUAGUUCUGCUCUCCUUUAUCUUCUGCAUGUCCCCUUCUGAGUAGAUUCAAGUCACAAGAGCUUUUGUCCGCUCCCCAGAGGCCAUGUGGGACCCCAUAGUUGCACAGCCCUUAUAGCUAGCCUUGCAUCUGCUCAGGGGAGGGUGCCCACUGAGUGGAGGUCUUAUGGUGCAGGAGAGCAUCUAGCCUGGUUUUCCAGGAUGCAUGGUGUUCAAGACCACUGAGAUAGACCAGCAAGGUGAGAGCUGGGGUCUUGACCUAACUUUGGCAUAAACCUUGGUGCUUCCACCUGCCACUCACCAGAAAGUGACCACAGGAAGCAAUCUGGACAGUUGCCCCAAGUCUUGGAUGAGCCUUCUUUCCACGGAGCCUCCCAAAGGGCAAGCCCUCUGCUUUUGUGUACUGUAAAUCUGUGCUCCAGGAGCUGAGGCUUGCUGAGCUUGGGGAAAGUAGCUGAAGAGAAAGGGCCCCCUUCUCACCUUUUGUUUACCUUUGAUCUGGCUGAAUUUAGCUGCCCUUAACUUCUAGUUUGCUAAAAUCCUUAUUGCCUUAAUGACCACCCACCAAACAGUCAGAACCAGGCGAGAAGUCCCUCCCAUGGCAUCCCUUGGAAGCCUGCCUGUCUCCCCCACGCUGCUGUGCCUGAAAGGAGAUCACACUCCCUCUCCAAAAUCCAGGGCCCACAUCUCACUGACAGAGCAGAGUUCCAGGCUAAGGACAAACCCAGGACUGCUCAGGCUGAGAGAUCCCCAUUGCCCACGGCGGCCACCGCCAACCCUAUUCCAUCUUUCGGUCUCCACUGCUUCAGAACUGGACUCCUCCCUGUCCCCCACCUCCACCUCUCACCCAGAGACCCUUCAUCCCAUCAUGCUCAGUGCUGUUCCUGAAGACCAUCUAGACUUUUCUGUUCUCUGGAACAUUCUACUCACCUUCAGCUGCAGCGUAUCCCUUCAGCCUCUCCACCAAGCUCUUUAAGUGUAAGGCAGCGGCUGUCUUCCCUUGGACAAUAAUGAAUGUAUCUACUGUAAGUGCAGACCAUGUAGAGAAGUGGCUGGGUUCAGAAAAAAAAAAAGAGGGUUUUUGUAAAGCCUGUUUAUUUUUUUAAGUCAGUUUUGAGCAUUUCUAUUUUAUCACCCUUCAUGUGGUUUUGGGGAACCCAAAUUGUAUCAAGGUCUCAUGCCAAAACAAGCCAACAAUUGUUUUCUUUACUUUUUUCCUCCAUGCACCAUGAUUUCAAAGAUUGUUUUGGUGUCAUUUUAAAUGUUUUAUUGUGACAUGUACUGACGAUAAAAGUCAUCUUGACAAAAAAAAAAAAAAGAUUUAUACAUGAAUCAGAAAGUAUUUAUUUCAAUUUUGUACCUUUCCAUUUUAAUACAUUAUAAUGUAUUGACUCAACUGAGAUAAUAUAAACAGUUCAUUUUAAUAACA